AUUGGGACUGGUCUACAAAUGGUCAGAAUGAGACUCGCUCAGGACGCCUCGUAUAACACGUUCCACCAGGAGGAGGAGUAUCCAGUGGUGAGGUACCUGAGACAGCCUCUGCACUUUGAGGUGGAGCUGACCAGGUCCUCUGACCCCAAGAUAGCGCUGGUGCUUGACCACUGCUGGGCCACCCCCAAUGAGGACCGUGACUCCCGACCCCGGUGGAAUCUCAUCAUUAAUGGUUGUGAGAACCCGGAGGAUCCGUACCGUGUAGUCUUCCACCCGGUGGUAGCUGACGCCAGGGUCCACUUCCCCCCUCACGUCAAACGCUUUGAGGUCUAUAUGUUUUCCUUCGUCGAGGAUGCGGUUGAGCCGAGUGGCCAGGUCUUUGUCCAUUGUGAUGUGGUCAUCUGUGACGCCAGUAGUCCCUCUGGCAGCCCCUGUAGUGGACAAUGUGUGAAUCAGGACAACUCGAAAAGAGAUGACCUCAACGCUGAAUGCCUUGGUAACGUUAUUCGUUUGAGUGUCGCUCCUCUUUUUAAAGAGGUUGAUGCUGUCUUCAGUGAGUUUGUCUCUUAUGAUUCUCCUUUCAUAAAUCAUAGAUUGAUAUUGUUUGUCAACUAUUGUGUUCAUGUAGCAGUGUGA